AUGGCAUCGGAGUCCGUCCAUCGCGACACGGGGAUGAUCGAGCUGGACUUGCCUCUCCCCGACGUCAUCACCGCGACGGAUGCGGCGGGAACUUCGGCGAUAUCCACGCUUGCCGCAGGCCCAGGGAGCGUCAAACCCGUCUCCACCGCCGAAGCAGCAGCAGCAGCAGCCGGCAUGUUUCUUGCCAAUACUCCUGGCGUUGUCACUGCGUGCGGCGUGCAUGUGUGCGCGUGUUCGGACUACAAGGAAGCCAUUUACGACCUCGCGAAUGCGAGCUGGAGGCAGCUCGGGGACGUGUGUGUCAUGAACAAUCCCUCCAACUCCAUCCCUGCGCGCUCCCACGCUCUGCUCGAGAAGCGCACCGAUGAUUCCGAGGUUCUUCUUUCUGGUAAAACUGCUGCGCAGGUCAACCAGGAGCACCUGCCCCAGCAGCAGCAGCAGCAGGAGGAGGAGCAGGCGCAGGAGGAGUUUUCGUUUUUCCAGUUCCCCGUCGUGCCCCAGCGCACCAUGUCCCUUCCGCUCGUGGAUCCUGCGGAGGAGGUGCGCUGCGCCGCGAUGCGCGAGCAGGGUUACUGUCUGUUCGCCAGGGGCGGCGGCGUGUGCUCCCCUGGCGGCCUUGGCGGGUUUUCCGUACCCGUGCAGUGA